AUGCGUCUCCCAUCUCCACCUCUCCUUCUCCCCAUCUCCUUCUUGCUGCUCCUUUUACGAGGUACCAGCGCUGUUCUCUCCUCUUCUCUCAGCUCCGAAAGCACCGCCACAACCACCGCCAUUACCAUCCCCGAGGGUUCUGGCGCAAACCCAACCGCAGUCAACCCCACCAACGUCAAUCCUUUUUUGUCUACACCAGUCAACGUAACCUACGACGACAUCAUCGAACAUCAUCGCGGCCGUAACCAUACGCACAACAACCACACUAGCGAUGGGACUACCGGUAAUGCUCCCCCGGGCACAGCCUUGGUCGCCAUGCUUGUUACGUUUGGGAUGGCGAUGCUCGUGGGACUGGGAAUGGCUUCGGCAGUAGCGUUAGCGUUGUCGGUAGUGGAGGUGAUGAUUGAGUGGGUAGGGGUGGUGGUUUCCUUGGUGACUAGUUGGUGGAUGGGAGUACCUUGGUGA